CUGAUGGUUGCUGCCUUUGCAAAGCGCUGCUGAGAGGUAGAAGAUCGACCGCCGCCCAUCCCCCGCUGCUGGGGGCUUCAGGCUGGACAGAUGGCUAACAGGGGCCCAAGCUACGGUUUAAGCCGGGAGGUGCAGGAGAAGAUCGAGCAAAAGUAUGACGCGGACCUGGAGAACAAGCUGGUGGACUGGAUCAUCCUGCAGUGUGCUGAGGACAUAGAGCACCCACCCCCUGGCAGGGCCCAUUUUCAGAAAUGGUUAAUGGACGGCACGGUCUUGUGCAAGCUGAUAAACAGUUUAUACCCACCAGGACAAGAGCCCAUCCCCAAGAUCUCAGAGUCAAAGAUGGCUUUUAAGCAGAUGGAGCAAAUCUCUCAGUUUCUAAAAGCUGCAGAGAUCUACGGCGUCAGAACCACUGAUAUUUUCCAGACUGUGGACCUUUGGGAAGGGAAGGAUAUGGCAGCUGUGCAGAGGACCCUGAUGGCCCUAGGCAGUGUCGCAGUCACGAAGGACGAUGGCUGUUACCGGGGAGAGCCAUCCUGGUUCCACAGGAAAGCCCAACAGAACCGGAGAGGAUUUUCAGAAGAGCAGCUCCGCCAAGGACAGAACGUAAUCGGCCUGCAGAUGGGCAGCAACAAAGGAGCCUCACAGGCAGGCAUGACCGGGUACGGGAUGCCCAGGCAGAUCAUGUAAGAUGCUGCAGAUCAUGUAAGAUGCUGCAUCCUGCCCCCAUUAGACAGGGUGAAUGUUCCACGCCACAGUAGUCGCCUGACCUCCUCUUUCUCAAAGCCUUCUGUCCCUGGUUUUCUCAAAGUGCUGCAUUUCUGCUGAGAACCCAUGUUGCCUACUGCUGCCACCUUCUGUUCAUUUAGAACUAUGCAAAGACUCCGCCACCUUCCUGAGCUCUUCUGUGCCCCAGAGUCUCAUUUGAUUAUUUAUUUAUUUAUUUAUUUGCCAAAAAUUGCCCUUCUCAACGUAUAGAACACACCUAAUAAACAGAUUAGCCUCAUGUCUUAAAA